AUGACCAGCUAUACCCCACCACGCAGCAGUCAGGAUCUAAAUCACUUCAUGGCCAGCCCUUCGCUCGCAAUACCACAUUAUACAAACAAUGACAACAACUAUAACUACAGUCCUCACCCGCAGUAUGAGAACGUUUCUCCCACCCACUCGACAUACGCGGCAUCCUUCAUCUCGUCUCAACAUCAAGACACGCAUUAUUUGUCCGAAAACCUGCAGAUGGCAGCACAGUAUCCUUACAGUACACCACUUCUAAACAAUGGUGCAUACCAUCACAGGCCUCUUGCUCAAACGACUCCUUAUUCCUUGCAGCAACUUUCACAACAUCCUCUUGCGCAAAGUCCUCGGUAUUCUAACCAUCAUGAUCCUUACCAGCAUUCAGACGUGGAGAGCCAGGAGUCAGCGAACGAGCGUACCAUGCUGUCCGAGCCUGUGCUGCCUCCCUUAGAUGGCUUUCCUGAUAUCAAGGAGUUCGACCGGCUCAUUAACUUCUACGUGGAGAGUCUCUCAUCCAAGAAGCAAGACAAGGCGUUGAUACAUGCAAGACGAGCCAGAAACAUCAAAGCGGUCUUGAUUGACAAGAAGACAACGGCAGUGGAAUCUGCGCAGUUUCGCUUCUGGGUGAAGAAGAUGUUCACCCUAAUGCCGGACGACUCGAAAAUUCCAGAGAGCAAACGGAAGAUCUGUCAUGAAGGAAAACCGGUUGCUAUUCGGGAGAAGUUGUUCAAGAUUCUUACCAGAGCUCAUAAACAAUGUCAGCAUGGUGGAAGGGACAAAACAUCGGCCCAGGUGCGGAGAGUUUACUCUUGGGUUCCAAAAGAGCUUAUUUCACGAUUUGUCAAAAUAUGUCCUACAUGCAAAGCGCGACGAGGAUGCAAUUCUCAUGUGUCACCUCCUAUCUCACCAAAACACUCCUCUUCGGUAUAUUCAUCACCACAAUCUCCUGCAUUACUCUCUCCGCCUGCUUCUCGGAGAGAUUCGCUAUUGUCGCGCCACAGCUCCAUGUUGCCGUCUUCGCCUGUUGGCACACACGUUUAUGGCUCACAGUAUCAGGGAAAUCAAUGGCUCUCAUCGGCUCAAAACGUCCACAGUCCUGAGCCUGUACAUUCAGGGUCAUCAAGUACAAUGGUUUCAGGCUCAUCGAUGUCGAGUAUUGGCCAGAAUGGGUUGUCUUUGAACUACACAUCCUCUGGUCUGUCCAAUGGAAAUGUUGGUUCUCACCGCUCUUAUUCAAACGGUUAUGACGCGUCCGACAACUACUCUCAACCGCACCAGUACUGA